AUGGAUCGCACCAGCCAGGCUGUUGAUCAGGGCGAAACGCAUGUUAAACCAAAGGCCGAGGAUGAGUCUAGGAUGGCAGGCCUGAACAUUGAAUCCUCAUUCGAUGAUGACGAGUUCGAUGUUGUCGCGGUCCAUGGCAUUCUUAAAGGAUUUCGCCAAACAUGGGAAGGCGAAGAGCCCGAUGGCCCAACCUGGCUUGAAAAUGCAUUCAGGGAUGAUCAUCACAUUCGACUUUUAUCAUACAGCUAUGACACGGAGGAAGCUAUGGCAAAGAGCUACACCCACCAUGGCAUCUACCAGCACGCGGACGCUCUGUUGAAUGGGCUUUUAGAACGACGUGCCGACAGCGCCACAGCGAUAGUGCUGACCUCGCGCUCUCCAGCCAAGUUCGCCAAUAUUCUACCUACGAUUCGGGUCCUGAUAUUCUUUGGCUGUCCACACAGAGUACGGAGCCGCUACAGCCUCCAGGAGCAGCUUGCUCGGCUGCUUGGUGCUUCUCCGAAGCCAUACGGACCUGGUCAAAUUCCCAUGCUCGCCGAGAGCCUUGCCGAAGCAGUUGAACGAGUCAAUGCUGAAUUCAUUUCAACGAAGAUGCUCAUCCAAGCGCACAUUCUCAAUAUCGUCUCCGUGGAGGCCGAUCCCUCAAAACAAGUGUUUGAUAAGUUCACGGCGGUGCUCGACACUGCGUUUGAAAUACGCAUCGAAUCUGACGAGCCACAUCUGGAUCUCCCAAAAUAUGGAUCGACGGGCCAAUGGGCUGUGAAAGACAAGUGGAACGGAGACUGGAAGACCGCUGAUUUCAAGACUCCUGCGUCAGUGACAGUGAGGAAAGUAUUGCAGCAAGCAUCGCCUGUACAUCCCUUGUCGGAACCUGAAAGGCUGCCUCGGGGCCUCGAUCUUAAUCAUAUUUCGUCCACCUUGGGCAACCACCUCCUUCACGUCAGAUGCAGGUCCGAGACUUUGGCCCCAUCACAGGUCAUCUACAGCUUCCUCAACUCUUCGAAGACCUCUAAGCAGGUGGUGAUGUAUUUUCAAUUCAAUCAUUAUGACCAUCGAUUCAAUAACAUCGCAGCAAUGCUAACCACCACCCUCGCCUUGUUCUAUCAUCACGAUAUCUGCUCCGAGAAGGCGACGAUUGAUAGUUCUCUGGACUCGGCACUCAGUGAGCGAGGCUCUGAUAUUGAUCUUUAUAGCCUUUGGUGUUCUUACGUCCUUGACUACGGCGAACAGGACGUCGCACUUGUGCUCGGGGGUCUCGACCAGUGUGAUGAUUCGGUUCAAUGGUUCCUCGCAAACAUCGUGCGCAGCCUCGAAUACACCGAGAACUUUCUGAAACUCAUCAUUACCACCACAAAAGGGAGGGAUGAUCACAUUGUCUCCCGGCUCUCAAGUGUCCCUGCCAAUAUUCACGAGGUGAUUUCGGACGACAACGACUUAUCGACGGAACCUGUUGCUCCCCUGGCGACAUUGUUGGAGGUUGCCAUGAUCCUUCAUGAGGCGCCGAGUCAUGCACCUUACGAAGCCCAGAUCAAAGACUUGUUGUGCAGGUGCUCGGAGGAUCUCUGUCUCUGGAAGAUGGUGGCAAAAUGGCUGAGGUCUACUAAGACCAUGGUUAGUAACAAGUUAGAAGAACUAACAAAGACUACACAGAUCACUCCGGAGAUAAUCUUUGAGGCUAUCUUACAGUCAGUUCCGGAUGAGCAACAAAAAUGGGUCAGUGUUCUAAUAUCUUGGGCCACAUUCGCUCUGCGGCCGCUCCGGGUCCACGAAUUAUGCGUCGUGUCACACAUGGCUUCUGGGAAUGACAUUCAGCAAGGAGGCAUUCUGACAGAUGUAGUCGCAAGAAAGCAUCUAGCCGAGAUCGAGGCUUACUUAGGAGGCCUCCUCACUGUACAUGGGGAAGAUGUACACUUUGGUCAUCCGUCUCUUCAGGGUUGGCUUGAGUCAGCAGCUGGAGUGUCGAAACGACAGCGACACCAAGUUAUUCUGGAGAGCUGCCUCGACUACCUUCGAAUCUUUGAGAUCGAACACCCCUCAGAAGGGGCUCAGUCAUACCAGCUACCAUACGCAAUUCAACAAUGGACACAUCAUUAUCAAAAAGUCAUGGUUGAGGGGCAGGACGAAGCCAGUCCCCUUGGAAGCUCGAUUCCCUCGAUUCUAAGUCAACAACCUGCCCUGCACCGUUGGGUGGCGGCUUACAAUGAGUUGGUGCAUCCAUUCGCUCCAAUUGACGAAACCUUCAAGUCGAUGUUGCCAGUCGCAGCAUACUUCGGGAUGAGCACAUGGAUAGAAAACUUUGAAGGCGACUCGGAGGAAAUUGGUUUAGCCUUUGUGCAAGCUUCAAAGCGUGGGCAUGAGACUUUUGUUCGGAGAUUGUUGAAGGAAUCAGAAUACACGCCUAGUAUUGAUGAUCCUUUUCUGCAACAAGCCACGAGAGCUGCGGCUUAUUUCGCUCACCGCGGUGUCCUCCAAGAGAUCAUUCCGCUUCUGCCGAAGAAGAUCGAGACUAGUCAACCUUGGUUGAAUGAGUUGCUCUGUCGGGCCUCUUACUUGGGCUGGACUGACGUUGUGGAGGCUCUUCUCAGCAUAGGCGUGCCUGUCAACCCGGCAGCUACACCCCGUGGGGUGACCGCUCUACAUCUUGCAGGCGGCAUGGCACAGAUGGAAGCGGUGAAAAUACUUUUGAAGGCGGGUGCCAGUACAUCUUCGGUAACCAGUCUCACCAGCAGGACACCGUUACAUACUGCCGCCGCUCACGGAUCCGUCGAAACAAUAGAAUUACUCCUCAAGGCCGGGGCCGACAUUGAAGCACAGAAUAGUAUUGGCUUCAGACCGCUGCAGGAGGCAUGCAUGAGAGGUCACCAUGCAGUGGUCGAACUCCUGGCAACACAUAAGUCGACUGAAGGGCAUAUGUUCGAAGACUGCAAUCCUCUUCCCGACCAACACGACGUUCCUCCGAUUAUUAUCGCCAUAGAGAAAGGUUACCCGAAGAUUGCGGAAAUCCUUCUCCGCCACGGAUCCAACCCAGAUACUGAGGAUGAGUACGGUACGGCGCUGCUGCAGUCCGUCCAGUUCGGACGCCUUGACAUCGCUCGGUUGCUGCUCGAGCGCAAUGCAGACGCGAACAAGGUUCGCCCGAAGACUAUUCCUGCCAUCGUCGAGGCAGCCGCUGGCGAAAACCUCGAAAUGAUUGAACUUCUUCUCAAGCAUGGGGCCGACCCUGAGAAAAGAGAAAUGGCCGAUGCUCCUUCUGGCUUCCAGCGCACAGCCUUGCACUUGGCAGUGCACUAUGGCUUGAUGAAGACAGUGAAAUUGUUGCUGGACCGUGGCGCCAAUCCCAAUGCUGUGGACGGCGAUGGGUGGACUGCGAUAUGGGCGGCGGCAGUCUAUGGAGAUGUCGAGAUCGCGAGACACCUUGCACAGGCUAAAGCCAACCUUGACUCUGUGUGCGGAGAGCUAAAUCAUGCCCCCUUGCACGUCGGGGCGCAAAAUCCUGAACUCGUGCGAGUCUUGCUCGAAUACGGGGCCGAUGUCAACCAAGAGUCGGAUUCUGGCACGCCGAUAGAGCUUGCUGCUACGGACAAUCAUGCAGAGUCGUUGGCACUUAUGCUAGCCGACAAGAGGGCCAAACCCGAUUUCAAGUCUGAUAAGUUGGCUAAGGUAUUCAGGACUGCCAUUAUUAAGGGGUAUGUCAAGGUCGCCAACCUUUUACUCGAAGCCGGUAUGGACGUGAAUUGCAAAAUGCUUGAGGGCGAUCCCAUCCUUGUGGCGGCCCUUGAGCGCGACAAUGCCGAGAUGGUGGAGGUUCUCCUUCAAUAUCGUCCAGAUCUGACAGUCGAAAACCCACCGGGCGAAAGUGUGCUGCAUGGUAUUACGGAGGACACGCCCAAAGAAUCAAUCAAACGGCUUGUCAAUGCCGGGGCCAGAUUGGACUUGCUGAACAACCAGCAGGAGACGCCGUUGUCCCGAGCCGCUGGUAACUCGACCCCAGAUAUUGUCGAGUACCUUGAAUCCAAGUACCCUGAAGCCAAAAACAUUGUGGGUGUGCAUGGGACGCCAUUGAACAUUGCCUGUCGAGAAGGGACCCUCGGCAACGUCAAGGCACUGGUGGAACGCGGCUCUGAUGUCAACUCCCCGGGCAAUUGGUUUUCAGGAACACCGCUGGUGUCGGUAUGCUUCAGACGUGGUGAUGACGACGACGUGAAAGACGCGAUGAUCCAAUAUCUUCUGGAUAACGGCGCAAAGGCCAAUAGUCGCGGCGGCAUGCUCGCCUAUCCACUCAACACAGCCUGUCUCAGAACUUCGCCCAGUAUCAUCAAAUUGCUUCUCCGCAACGAAGCUGAAACUGAUGUGCAGGAUUCCAUGGGCCGGCGGCCGGUUCAUUUCGCAUCGUACAACUCGGUUGAGGCUCUCGACGCGCUUGCUCCGGUCGAUGCUGCCUACAGGGAGAAGGAUUACUCCGGGAGGGUGGCCCUCCACUACGCGGCUGCAAGUGGCCAGCUCGAACUUCUCAAGACUGUCUGGGCUCGUUCCCAACCGGCUAGCAUCCCGAUCGAUGUGCGAGACAACGACAACUGGACUCCUCUCUUGUGGGCUGCGAGAUCCGCCCGAAUCUUGGGUCUCUCACGGAAAUCGGAGACCCACGAUCAGGUGGUCGCAUGGCUUGUCGACAAAGGCGCCGAUGUCGAAGCCUCUGGUCGAGCCUUGAACAAGACAUGGACACCCUAUGAGGUUGCAACCUAUGACCAGGGCUCGCCGGCGCUUCUCCAGAAGCUCGGACAGAGACUGACGGCUCCGAGGAGACGGCGCAUGGUAGCGAAGAAGGGCGAGCGGGAACAGGGGGUCUAUUGCGAUUUCUGCCUGCUGGCAAUCUAUGGGUUGUUCUUCAAAUGCACCACAUGCGACGAGUUCACCCUCUGUUUCAAGUGCAGUCAAGCCAGCCACGACUUGCAUCCCGGUCACGACUUCAACGAUGAAGGGGAUGAGCGCGACGACUCCGAGUCAGACUCGGAUUCGAUGGACGAAUAUCGUCCCCAGCGUCCGGUGCUUCAGAGAGAGGAAACGGCAAACGUCGGUGGUGCGGCCGGCGAUGAUAGGAUAGAAGACCCGGACUCAGUAGACAUCGACGACCUUAAUGAGGUGUUCAUCACCGACGACGACAUCUUUGUACCCGCCAUCACCGGUGAUGCGCAGGACCGAAUAGCCUCCAGGGAUUCGAGGAGCUCCAGUGCUGAACCAUCCGGCGCGACUGCUGCUGCCGCUACCGUAAGUAACAUCGAGAGCUAAGCUCCUUGCGAGACAACAGGCCAGGCAAACCGAGCUGCACCAGAG